AUUUUGACUGCGUGAAGCGACCUCUACUAAGCUAUUACUUGUUGGGACUCCACUUCCGUCACCAACCACCCCUUGGGCUCCCCCGCAAGGGAGCGUUGGGGGUCUUUGAGUUGCGAAUCACCAGUCGAUUUGCAAAAGUCCAGGGCUACUUCUAAAAUGGGUGCAAUCCUUACCAAAAUAGAAGUAAUUCCUGUUUUAUAUAUAAAUUAAGUACCUAAGUUUUUGCAAAUCGACUGGUCCUUUGCAAUUUAAAGACCCCAACCCUCCCUUGAGGGGGAGUCCCAACGAGUAUGUAUUUGUAUGCUCCUGGUGUUCCUCUAUGUUCGAUCUCUCUUCGAGUAAGCACGACGGCAAUUAUAAUGGAUCGCACUUUUGCAGAGAGUUCGCUUGCUGAUAUGACGAGGUUGUGCUUGGAAGGGGCCAGGGAGGUCAUCCAGCGGCUGGAAGGCAAAGACAAAAUAUACAUGCAAACACGACUAGCUGAUCUGAGGCUCUGGGCCGACAGCGUUGGGGCCACCGCUCAAGCGAAGGCGUCAUUGGAUCAGCGAUUCCAGCACCGGUCCGAUGAUGUUUAUCUCAUCCGAGGCCUUCUUUACAUGCUGCAGGGAUUGCUCGGCAAAUUUUCCAUUGCUGCAGAUAACAAAUCCGAUAUUAUGGAUAUAAUGUCUAAUGUCAAUUCGACAAUAGACAGCCUGGCCAUCCUUGGAGUUCAAAUUCGACGAAGUGGGCGCCACUCUCGACUUCGAAAGGCGGAUACUUCUUUUGAUAAGAAUCGGGAGAAGUAUCACAAGUUCAGAGCACAUCUUGCAUGCAUUAUCACUUCGAGGCCAACUGAGGACGGUAGGCCCGUAGAUGAGGGGGAGAAACUACACAGCGUCGAUUAUUUCGUCAACCUCAAGCUCACGUCAAUUCAAGAACGUCUCAUAGAGGCCAACCUCCGAAGACGUCAUCGAUUUCUGGAAGCUCAGAGGCACUCUUACGGUCUGAAGGAAGCUUCGGUCAAGGCGAAUCAAGGCGAAUCUCCACAUAAUAUCACGGAGAUGCCAUCGACAUAUACCGAGGAGGGAGCUGUAACUCAAGUCGAAACUCUACAAAAUAUCAACGAGACGCUAUCAACACAUACCGAGAAGGGAGCUGUGACAAGGCAUGAGAUACAGACGUCGCUGUCUAAUCCUAGACACAACGCUCCUAUGACAAUUGUGACGUCGGCUUCGGGCCUUGAUUCUGCAUGGGGCGGACUGCGAAAUAACCGUCGGCCCGAAUCAACGGCAACCCGAAUCACAACUAUUACAGCCACUGCAAGAUAUCCUAAGGCACAUGCUUCUUCAGAACAGAAGUUGAUCAAAUGCCCCUGUUGCUGUCAAGCCAUUCCAGCGAGUGAAGCAGAAGCUAGUCAGUGGAAAAAGCACCUAGCGAACGAUAUAAGUCCGUAUACAUGUAUCCUCGAGAAUUGCCCCACGCCGUAUAAUCUCUUUGCGACACAUAACGAAUGGAAGGACCAUGUCAUGAAUGACCAUCCAUCUCAGUGGCAGUGUCCCUGUUGUGAGGCUGAUGCUCCCGUAUUCCAAUCGCUCUCCGGAGUGAUGAACCAUAUCAUGUCCAGCCACCCAGAUGCUCUCUCUGACAGUCUCGAAGACUUGCUAUCAGACGCAGAAACCAAGGUGAUGGGAAUCGCUCAAUGUCCAUUGUGCGACGACGAGGGACCUCAAGAUUCACCAGAACUAGUCGAGCACGUCUUGCAGCAUGUUCAUGACUUUUCUCUCCGCUCUCUCCCUUGGCCGACAGAUCCACCUGUGAGCCCAAGCAAACCUGUUGCCACUUUUGAUCCAGAUUAUGCAACUAGGCUCUACAAGGACAAUCGCAGCGAUGGAUAUUCUUUCUCAAUUGCGGAAUGGGCAGAAAGUGUGGCUCCCAAAAAGGGGGAUUCCGGGGAAAUAAGCGUUGUUGAUUCUCAAGGCAACGAGCUAUUUCUUGACAUGAGUAAAUACCCUGGAAACAAGAUACACACGGGUCAACCGCCGCUCCAACUCUGUGAUUGGGAUCAGAUCCGACCAAGUAUUAGCGGAGCAGAAUUAGCGUCAAUAACCCAAUCUAACAUAGACUACUUCGCUGGAAAUUUAUACUUCAUAGAAGAAUCUACUGAUAGUUGGUCUUCUUCACGUCAACCGUCCAGCCAGACACGAGAUACAAGCGUGAUAAAGAAGUGGACUUGUACGAUUUGUCUCUUGCAGAGCGGUCAAGGCGACGAUGAGUAUUUCCGACAUUUGGAGGAUGACCAUCAUGAAAUUUUAGAGGAAGAUAGGUAUAAUCCUGACACGAACAUAGAAGAGUUGAAGGACUAUAUGCUACAUACGGCCUACAAGAAUGGAAUGGAUGCGAUGUCAAUUGCCAAUUCUUCGUCCAUAUCAUCUAAUUUUGAGCCUAUCUCUCCAGUGGUCGAGGGGAAAUCUGAAGACCGGCCCGCAACUUUUGACCCAAACAACCGUGUUAGUGAUGUAGACCUUAUUCACAAUUUACCUUGUGAGAGCGUGGUCUGGUUUGUCCGAUUUAGUCAUGAUGGAAAAUACCUGGCGACUGGUUGUCAUCACUCGGCACACGUCUACGAUGUUUCCAGCGGCGUAGAGACCUGCGUUCUACAACCUAGUUAUUACAACGCUGUUUACAGGCAGGAAAGCCUGUUUAUUAUGAGCCUUUGCUUUAGCCGUGACGAUAAAUAUCUUGUGGGUGGUGGAAAUCUCAUUUGGGUUUGGGACAUCGCUAAACGGACUAUCCGCAAUACAUUUGCAGGGCACACGAAACCUAUCUACUCGGUAGAUUUUUCCCAUGAUGGCAGGACCAUAGUGUCUGGCAGUCUAGACCAUACCGUUCGCCUCUGGGAUAUUGAAUCAAGCACCAACAUCUUAACCCUUACUGCUAACAACGGCAUUCUUUGUGUGGCUUUCUCGCCAGAUUCCAAGUAUGUAGCAGCUGGCGGCCUGGAUAAUGCUUUAUAUGUUUGCGAUAUUACCCAUAUUGGGUGCGAACUAAAGAGUCUAGCAAGUGCUGCCCAACAUAAACACCACAUCUAUUCCAUCGCUUUCUCUCCUAGCGGCAAGGAGCUUGUGAGUGGCAGUUCCGAUCAGACGAUUAAGAUAUGGAGAUUUCCUUCACGUCUCCCGGCUGGCACUAUAAUAGGAGAGGAAAAUUGUAUCAAAACUCUGAAAGGCCACGAAGACGGUGUUAAUAGUGUUGCAUUUACUCCGCAUGCCAAUUGGGUAAUAUCUGGUUCUGAUGAUCGGAGCGUGCGGUUCUGGGAUCCACGCACCGGUUGCACUGUUUUGACGCUUGAGGUACACACAAAAUAUGUGAUGUCGGUUGCCGCCAGCCCAGCUGGUGGAUUAUUUGCUUCGAGUUCUAGCGACAAUACAGCACGUAUCUGGUCAUACCGCGCCCGCGACCAAUGAAAACGAUAAACAUACGGAACCCAAUCGAGAUCCAGUCUUCUUUUACGUUUAGGCGCUUUUCAACUGGGGCCUCAUAGGCGGAAGGAGAAGAAGUAUGCCUCGGAAAAGAGACAGAAGAAGUCGCAUAACAAUACUGUUGCUACGCGUGGAAGAGAGUCGAAAUAUUGGACGAGAGCACUAAGUGAAGUACGUCGGGACUGGCUUGGAGCGCUUUAAUGGCUUUAAGGACGUAAAGAAAAGCAGAGUAUUAGAGCUCGUAAUAUAGAUAGACACUAAGAAUAAUAGCAUACAUGAUGAAAAUAGCUUAGAUAGUUUAUGCAUCCGUUCUCAUUCAA